AUGCACACGGUGCUUUCGCAUGAUAACCACGAAGAUGACUCCUUGGCAAAAUUGCUUCCGAAUGACAUUCACGUCAAGAUGCAAGAAAAGUUUGCUGCUCACUCUCUACCCCCUGGACCAAGAACAGAAAUUAGAUCGCUGAUUCCAAGAUCAGAUAAUGGCUCGUUAGCUUCAUCGCUGGGUGAAGAGGGAGAAGAGAUACAAGAUAAAGUAAAGAAACUCCACCUUCAUUAUUUCCUACGAUCCGAAGUAACGAGCGACGUGUUUAUAUCACUCCGCGAAGAUAUGUCGAUCAAGUCUAUACUGAAAGACCAGUCGGUCAUUGAAUUUCCUACUAUUUAUUUGUCAAUGGAGCCCAUAAUCCAAGAUAAGAUUGUUGUGGAGCAGCUGAUUGAAAGAAAUUCUAACAUAAAUAAAGUACGUAUUCCUAUGGGGGAAGCGACAUCCAGUGAUGACGAGCCCCCUGAGGAAACUUCGAUCAAGCAUCAAUUGGAAAAUUGA